GAUCUCAAGCAGCAUUUGCGAAGACUGGUAGUGGACACCAAUGGCGACGGGGUUAUGGCCCUAAGGCUGGGCGACUACAGAGAACUACUAGGCGACACCAGCGAACUACUAAGAGACGCUAACAUGCUGGGAAGCGUCAUAAAGGCAAUAGGCAGCAAUAACUUUAGCCUAGGCGACGGAUAUGGUACGAUCCACGAUGUUACAACAGUCCAAGGUGGCAUCCAUGGUGAGUUUUGGCAGAAUGGUGAUGCCCAUCGUCAAGGAGGCGGCGCUGAAGUGAACAUGGGUGAAGGCGCUAGACAUAAGAAGCCUCUAAGCGACGCCGAGAAAGGCAUGAAGGGCGAUGCCAUAGGCAUUGGUGCCAAGAUCAAAGAAAUCGUCUUGGAGGGCAUGAAAAAAGGUGGCGCCAACUGGGAAGACAACACCUCCUGCAUGCAAGAGGGCGGCGCCAAAUGUAUUGAUAGUGGCUCGGUCUGCAUGCAAAAGGGUGGCACCUAUGUUGCACUGGCACCUUUCGCGUUGGUUCGAUUGGUGCUUUUUGCACUGGUUCGAUUGGUGCUGGACGACGCCAAUGAGACGUUGGGUGGCACUAAGGCCCUAGGCGACGCUGUUGCGAUGGAUGGCGCUCAUUUUGUUGGCGAUGUCGGUCAGCGCAGUGGAGGCGGAGAAUCCCCUUGCAACGAAGGUGACACCCAAAAAGCUGGUUGGAGAGGACUGGGCAGUGCCAUUAUUCUGGGCGGCAUCAAUCUGUCAUUUGGCUACGGUAGGCAUAGGUUGGGCAUCUUUGGUGAUGACAGGCGUAGAUUAGGCGGCUCUAGUGACAUCAGACACAGAUCAGGCAGAGCAAGAGGGUUGGCUAUGAGACCUCUUGAAGGUGUGGCGAUACUUGACUUUCUUUUUUUGACACCUUCUCGACAUUGA